GCUGUUCUUUUGGCUAAUCAGUUGGAAACAAACGCGUACUAACACUAGUUCGUUUCAUUAUCAUCUGUUUGCUAAAAAUAUUCCUCUCACGAAUCUAAAAUCAAAUUCUGUUUGGGAUAGUGUAGGCAUCGAAGGACGAAUCACCACAAUAGUUAAUUGAUUCUAUUUACAAUUCUACAUAUCCUACAAGGAACAGACGUGGGUUACGAUAAGAAUUGUGACCAAACUUGGAAAUUUAGUCAUUUCAAACCCCAAAAUCUCUAUUUAUCCUCUCACACCGUCUCACGGCUCCUUCGUCUGAAUCCUCAUCAUGCAACGAACAAUGGCGGUGACGAGAAGAUUAAGCUCUGUUCUCUUUUUCUUCGUCGCUUGCUUUGCUCUCCUCCCAUCUCACUACUCCAAUGCUUAUCCUCUCUCAACCCAAAACCGAUGGAUCAUCGACGACUCCAACGGCGAACGAUCCAAAUUCGUGUGCGGCAACUGGGCGGGUCACCUUCAGCCGAUGCUUCCCGAAGGUCUGGACAAGCGGCCGUUGAAGGAGCUGGUGGCUCAAAUCGUGAGCCACAAGUUCAAUUGCGUGCGUCUGACGUACGCGAUUUACAUGUGGACUCGCUACAUGGAUCGCAGUGUGGGGAAAACCCUAGAGGAACUGGACAUUCCGGAGGUGGUGGAAAGGAUUGGGAAGAACAAUGCGUGGGCGCUGAAGAAGACGCAUGUGGAGGCGUUGGAAGAAGUGGUGCGGGAGCUUGGGAAUCAGAAGGUGAAGGUGUUGCUGGACAAUCAUGUGAGCGAGCCCAAAUGGUGCUGCGACGAUGACGAUGAGAAUGGCUUCUUUCACGACAGGCAUUUCGAUCCCAACGAGUGGGUGACGGGCCUCAGUUUGGCAGCCCAACGCUUUUCUGGAAAUUCUGCUGUGGUGGCAAUGAGCUUGAGGAAUGAAUUGCAUGGUCCUCGUCAAUACGAGGCCGAUUGGUACACUUACAUGAGCCAAGGAGCAACAGCAAUUCACAAGGCGAACCCAAAUGUUCUGGUGGUGGUCUCAGGACUGAACUACGACACCGAGCUUCAAUUUUUAAAGACAAAGCCUCUUAACUUAGAUGUGGGCAGGAAAUUGGUAUUUGAGACGCAUUUGUAUUCAUGGUCUGGCAUUGGAACGCUGAAGCUGAAAGAUAUCUGGACUAAGCAGCCAUUGAACAGAAUAUGUGCCAGAACUGUUACAGGGAUAGAUGACAGAGCUGGGUUCCUUACUUUAGGCAAGAAUGCCUUUCCUUUGAUUUUUACGGAGUUCGGGUUCGACGAACAAGGUUCCACUGAAGCAGACAACAAGUUCUUGACUUGCCUCCAAACCUACCUUGUUGGGAGAGACGUGGAUUGGGGCCUUUGGGCGUUGCAAGGCGGCUAUUACCUAAGAGAAGACCAGGUCCAACUUGAGGAAACAUUUGGUGUAAUGGAUGCCUCCUGGCAACAUCUCAGGUUCCCAAACUUCACUCAAUUGUUCCAACUUCUUCAAAGGAAGAAUCAAGAUCCUACUUCCAAACUCCCCUUUGCAAAUAUCUUGUAUUACCCACUGGGUGGCCAGUGUGUCCUUGUUAACAAGAAGAAUGAGCUUCAAGUGGGAGGUUGUGAGAACGAGAUCAACAGAUGGGUUCAUGAAGAUGGAGCUCAGAUUCUCUUUAGUGGCACCAACAAAUGCCUAACUGCAUCCGGUGAAGGGCUUCCAGUGGUUGUGUCUGACGAUAACGAGUGCCAGAGCAAGCAGAGUAGUUCUUGGAGGUCUGUGUCACUCUCAAAGCUUCACUUGGCUACCAUGGACCAGCAUGGUAAGCAAUUGUGCUUGCACAAGGACUUAAACUCUUCAAGCAUUGUGACAAGAAGAUGCAUCUGUGUAGAAGAUGAUUCUACUUGUUUGGACGAUCCAAGAAGCCAGUGGUUCCAGUUUGUCCCCACCAAUUUGUAGUUCCCACGAAUUUGUAUUGGGUCUCGCUUGUGGAAAUGAGCUUUGGUUAGGGGCGAUACAAUGAGGAAGAAUACGCUUUAGGUCAAUCACACGACUUUUGAAAUGCUUUGAACUAUGAGCCACAGAAUUGUAGCUUUAUGGUCUUCCUUGAUUACUCUACAAGGCACACUAUGUAGAUAAUUCUUGUGGAUUCAUGCUCUCCUCGGUCUUCCUUGUUCCCUGUAUCAUGCAUAGAGCAGGAUUUCUUCUGCUUAACGUUAAUAAAUUAUAUCAAUCCCAAGUCCCAACCCAA